AUGGUUCACUCUAAAGUCGUCAUCAUUGGCUCCGGCCCUGCCGCCCAUACAGCAGCCAUCUACCUCUCACGCGCCGAACUCCAACCCGUCAUGUACGAGGGUAUGCUUGCAGGAGGCACCGCGGCCGGUGGUCAAUUGACCACAACCACCGAUAUCGAGAACUUCCCCGGUUUCCCAACUGGAAUUGGAGGCUCCGAACUCAUGGACAACAUGCGCAGCCAAUCCAAGAGAUUCGGUACCGAGAUCAUUACUGAGACCAUCACUCGUGUCGACUUCAGCAAGCGCCCAUUCCGGCUGUGGAAGGAAUGGUCCGAUGGCCCCGAUGAGGAACCCGCACACACCGCAGACGCAAUCAUCAUCGCCACAGGCGCCAAUGCCCGUCGUCUCGAUCUCCCUGGUGAGAAACAGUACUGGCAAAACGGUAUCUCGGCCUGCGCUGUUUGCGAUGGCGCAGUCCCGAUUUUCCGAAACAAGCCAUUGUUCGUGAUUGGUGGUGGUGACUCUGCUGCUGAGGAAGCUAUGUUCUUGACCAAGUACGGUAGCCAUGUUACUGUACUUGUGCGCAAGGAUAAACUUCGUGCUAGUAAGGCUAUGGCCAAGCGUUUGUUGGCCAACCCUAAGGUUACCGUGCGCUUCAACAGCGUUGCUACCCAGGUUCUUGGUGAGGAAGGUCCCCGAGGACUCAUGACCCAUAUCAAGGUUAAGAAUGUGGUCACCGGCGAGGAGGAGACUCUCGAUGCCAAUGGUUUGUUCUAUGCUGUUGGACACGACCCAGCAACCACAUUGGUCAAGGGCCAGGUUGAAUUGGAUAGCGAAGGCUACAUCGUCACCCAGCCUGGUACCAGCUACACUUCCGUUCCAGGUGUCUUCGCAGCCGGUGAUGUGCAGGACAAGCGCUACAGGCAAGCAAUCACCAGCGCAGGCUCUGGCUGUAUCGCCGCUCUCGAAGCCGAAAAAUUCCUCGCCGAAGAAGAAGCCGGAGAAGAAGAACCCGCCGUCAAGACUGAAGUCGGACAAUCUCGCAUCGAGCCCGCCGUUGCUGAACAAGACGCUCAAAGCGCCCAGCAGAAGAAAGACAACGCACCGGCUACUGCGGAAUACAAGCAGAACCCAUUGCUAUAA